GGUGCCCGCCCCGCCCCCUCCGCUCGGCCCUGCCGCGGGCCUGCCUCCGCCCGGAGCGCAGCGAACACUGCCGCCUGCACCGCCACCGGCACGGACUGGGCAGGGCCGGGCUGCCCGGUGAGGUCUGCGGGUGUGAGAGGGGAAGAGCAGGAGUAAUCCAGAGGCCUGUGCUGGAAGCUUCUGUUUGCCACGUAAAGGCGAGGAAGGCUGCGUAGCUGCACUCGUGUGACCCCGCAGAGUCUGCAGCAAUCAAAAGGAGUCACACUGAGCUCAAGUUCAGAAGUACUUUACACAUGAAAUCUGCUGGCUCUCUAGCUGACUCUGCCCUGUCACCAUCUCAACAGAAUUGGAUUUACAGUCAUGGAGGAACAUCAGCAACAUUUGCACUGUGUGAACUGUGUCAGCCGUCGUUGUAUGACCAGACCAGAACCUGGCAUUUCAUGCGAUUUGAUAGGCUGUCCACUGGUUUGUGGAGCAGUUUUUCACUCCUGUAAAGCUGAGGAACAUCGCAUUUUAUGUCCACUUGAAAGAGUGCCUUGUUUGAAUAGUGGCUUCGGAUGUCCCUUCAUAGUGGCCCGUAAUAAAAUUGCUGAUCAUCUGGAAGUUUGUCCUGCAAGUGUGGUAUGUUGCACCAUGGAGUGGAACAGAUGGCCUGUCAGUUAUGCAGACCGAAAAUCUUACGAAAAUCUGAGUAAAGAUGUUGAUGAAGUGGAGCAGCUCGAUAUGGCUUUGGCCCUUCAAGACCAGCGCAUGUUACUAGAAUCACUUAAGGUAGCAACUAUGAUGUCAAAAGCAGCUGAUCAAAUGUCAGAAUCCAGAGAACAAACAUCUGUCAAAACAACUGCUCCAGAUACAGUGUGCUCCAAUGGUUUGAUACCUGUAGAUGAAGAGUCCUAUGGAGCACUUUAUCAAGCUACUGUAGAAACAACAAGGAGUUUAGCUGCUGCUCUGGAUAUCCUGAACACUGCUACUAGGGACAUUAGUAUGUUAAACUCAAGGCUCUGCACUUCACCACAGGAGAUGAAAGAAGAUACUGAGAUUAAGGAACAAGCUUCUAAUGGCAUUAUUCAGGAUAGUAAGCCUGACCAUGAAUAUCCAGAUGAAGAAAACAUUGGAGCAGUUGGGGGAAUUAACUUUGAUAGCCUGCAUCAAAAUUCACAAAUGAAACAAAAUGGCUCUAGUGAUAUUUGUUACGAUGCAAUACAAAAUCGUGACUUAAAUCUAAACCUUAAUAACUCCUCACUCUUGUGUAAUGGUUUUCAUAUAGAAAAUGAGUGUUCAAAGGUGUUGGACCAGAAUGAAGAUCUUGGUGUAUCUAAUUCAAAAUCAUCCAGUGUAGCAAAUGGUGAAUGUACUGCAUCUCAUGAUGAUGAAGCUUUACAGUCUUGUAGCUCCUUCCCUGUAACAUCACAACUUAAAGAAGUAAUACCAUCUGAUCACUUAGUAAAUGGCAGUGUUAAUCAUAUGCUGCUUCCCCAUAAUGCUAAUGAAGAGGAAAUUUUAGAGAGGCAAGUGGAGCAGGAAAGACUGAGAAAUGUAGAUGUGUUUUCAAUUAUGCGGCAUCGAUCGUACAAAUUCCUUUGGUCAGCACCAAAAGAAGACAAAGCUGUUGAUACAUCAGAUUUGGAGAUAACAGAAGAUCCUAUGGGUCUUCAGGGAAUUGAUCUAAUCACUGCAGCCCUGUUGUUUUGCCUAGGAGACUCUCCUGGAGGUAGGGGAAUAUCAGAAAGUCGCACUGUCGAUGUGUAUCGUGUUGACUUUGGGACCCAAACGUUUUCUCUCCCAUCAGCUAUAUUGGCCACAAAUACAAUGGUGGGGGAAAUAGCUUCAGCAUCUGCGUGUGAUCAUGCCAACCCACAGCUCUCAAAUCCAAGUCCAUUCCAGACCCUUGGACUGGAUUUGGUAUUGGAAUAUGUGGCUAGAUACCAAACAAAACAGCGUUCAAUGUUUACAUUUGUUUGUGGACAGUUAUUUAGGAGGAAUGAAUUUUCUUCUCAUUUUAAGAAUGUGCAUGGUGACAUUCAUGCUGGCCUUAAUGGCUGGAUGGAGCAGAGGUGUCCCUUGGCAUAUUAUGGGUGUACGUAUUCUCAACGAAGGUUUUGUCCUUCAACGCAAGGGGCUAAAAUUAUUCAUGACCGCCACUUACGGUCAUUUGGUGUUCAGCCUAGUAUAUCUACAGUAUUAGUAGAACCAGCAAAAAGCUGCUUAAUUGGACUACACAAUGACCAUUUGAGUAGUCUACCUUUUGAGGUUUUGCAACACAUUGCUAGUUUUCUAGAUGGCUUUAGUUUAUGUCAGCUUUCAAGAGUGUCACGUUUAAUGAGAGAUGUGUGUGGAAGCUUGCUUCAAGCACGUGGAAUGGUGAUACUGCUUUGGGAGAAGAGAAAGAACCCAGAUGGAAGUUCUUCUUGGCAAAUAAAAGAAAAGGUUUGGCGGUUUAGUACAGCCUUCUGUACUGUGAACGAGUGGAAGUUUGCUGACAUCGUAAGCAUGGCUGAUCACCUGAAGAAGUGUAGCUAUAAUGCUGUAGAAAGAAGAGAGGAGGCUGUUCCACUGCCAUGUAUGUGUGUAACACGAGAACUCACUAAAGAAGGACGUUCACUGCGCUCUGUUUUGAAACCUGUACUUUAAAUAUUGCAGCCACUCCAAUUGCACAUACACUCAAGCACCUGAUAUAACCUCGGUAAUAUUACGUGACACUUUAUUAAUGUACUAAAGAUACUUUCUAGCUAAAUCUACUCUGUCACUGUGUAUAUAAGGUUUGAAGUGACAUUUAUUUUUUAUAAUACUGUUUAGCUGGAAAGUAAUGAAAGUUGCCUUAACGUUUGAAAAAUUUGGAACUUGCUGGACAGGGUAGUUUUAUCUAACUUAUGUAAUUUAAAAAAGGAAUCCUAAGGUGUGUUUUUUUGAAUUCAUUGGUGCCCAUGUUGCUGUUGACUGAUGACAUUUCAAAAAUGGCCUCUAAAUGGUGUGCACGUUUAGAUGGGAAACACUGAAUCGUACUGGGACAAAAUCCUGACCAAGUGCACUUUCUGCAUUUGGUCUAUUUUUCUUAACAAAUUGUAAUCCGAAUAUUUGAAAGAUAAGGAAGAAUUCAAAACGUCAUGGUAGAUAUCUCAAACACUCAGCACUGAAGCACAUCUUUAGUUAUGAAAUCAGUGUUCUACUGCUGUUCCUAAUUAACAGGUGACCUAGGAUAAGCUUUUUAAAUUUUUUUUAAGAAAUGAUUUAAAUGAGCUCAGAUUUACAGCAGCUUAAUUUUUAGUACAACUUUAUUUUGAUGUGUGAAAAAUGAUUGCUUUUCUGCUGAGCUAUUAACAGCUACAUCAUUCAUGGGAGCAAAACUUUUGGAGCUGAAAACGUGGAAUCCUAGUUUUUAUGCUCGCACUUGCAAUGACACCUGAUAUAAAAUGUUUCUCCUUGUCCUGCAAUUGGCUGAGGGUUAAAUUGCUUGAGCAGUCAGAAAUUCAAAGUAUGUGAUGAACAUUUAUGAACUUAUAAUGCAGCUAAUGAAAGGGCUUUUCUUGUUUUAUGGUAUUGUGAGAUGUAUUGUCUCCUUUUCUGUUAAUUUGUCUAGAAAAAUGCUGCUUUUUUUUUUUGGAGGAGCAUUUUAAAUUACUGGUAUGUAUAUCAAAUGUAUCAUCUUCAUAAGAUGAGACAUGAUUUGUUAAUUGCAUAAAGCAUAUCAGAAAUGUCUAUUCAACCACAUCUGUUAAAUGAACGACUUCAGUUUGUAUCCAGUCUUCCAUAAUAAAAGAUCUUGCAAGGCAUUUGUGAAUAGGGAAUACACGCUAUGAAAAAUGCCCUGGUAUAGCAAAACAGUAAUUACUUGAACUGACUUUCCAAUUUGUUUGUAUUAAUGUUGGUGUCUCUAGCUUGUUGCACUUAGCAACUCUGCCACAAAGCUAAAACAGAAACAGACUAGAGUUUAGAACAAAGAAAUACAGUACGUAUUUCCAUUAUAGGAAAAAAAAGAGAUUAGUAAGGAGGAGAUGUUUACAAAAAUGGCUAAAUUUAUUACUUGUAAAUUCUGUACUGGACAGUUGUUUAUGGCUAGAUUGGCUGCAGUUCACAACUUUGGUAUCUGUGCAUUUCCUAUUCUGGAUCUGGUCCAGCUAAACAUUCACUGCCUUCUGCCUUUUUCUAUCCAGAAUGCUAGGGGUGCCCAGGAAGAAAAAAAAAAAAAAAAUUGAAUCUAUUCUUUUAGUGCCAUGAGUUUGAAUUACAAGAGCUCAAACAGAAACUCUGCCUGGAUCCUGAAGCAACAUGUUCUCUUUCCACACUUUUUCUUUUUCGUUGAAGGGAGGAAUUGAGUAAACCUACCAGAGGAGUCAACAGUAUUUGCAGUAAUUCUUAACUGUUAUCACAGUUACGUGGAAAGGAGAAUCAGAAAAGGAAAAGGAGAAUCUUAUGUACAGAUCUGACCAACUGGGUUUUAGGUAGGAAUUACAUAUAAAUAAAUAAGUAACAAUACAAAAUAAAAACAGUGCCCUAAGAGAACAGGGUUGUUGAAGUGCUUUCUUACCCACAAAUUCUUCAGUACGAGGCAGGAGAGAGACUUUAAUCAGUUCUUAUCUUUUAGCUCUAAUGGCUCCUUGCUUCUGCUCUCUAAUGUUUAAAAGUAGUUGUGACUGGAAGGGUCCUGACUGCUGAGGAGCUUAUGGUUGAAUUUAUGGCAGAAUCUACUUUAAAACAUCUGUCUUGGUCAGCAGCGUGAUGGUUUUGGUACUUGACAUUCUUCUUCAGAACUACCCAAAACCCUGAUAAGCGAUGGUAGGCGGGCGUGUAUCUUCGUUCCUUAGGAAAAGAGGGUAUCCAGUUAUAGGAGCUGGUGUUGGUAGAAUCUCACUUGUAGCACAGUGCAGAUCUACAUCUAAACUAUCUGUUGUUGAUUUAUUAAAAUGAACUUUUUAAGUACUCGGUGUUCUUCUUAAGAAAUAACACUAUUUCUCAAUUCAUGCACUUUUGUUUUCAAAUGUAGAUACAGGCUUUUUUUUUGUUGUUAAAUUAGUUUUAUUUUUUACGAGAAUCCAGAGCUAUUAAAAUUAUUGAUGUUGUAAACAAAAUCUCUGCCUUGUAAACUGCUGCAAAUGCAGGAAUACAAUAUAGCUAGGAUAAAACUUUUUUUUUUUUUUUAACACUGCUAUGCAGUUCAUAAAACAUCUAUGGUGUAUAGUCAGUCUAUCAAAAUGUGGCUUGUUCACAUUUGCCCCUGAAUUUUAAAAACGCCGUAUCCCCUUUCCUUUUACAUCUUCCUUACAGCAUACAUAGACAGCUGUUCCAGUCUUUCUUUUACUUGAUACCACGUUGCUACUUUGUUUAAAAUAUGUUUUCAAUCAUUAUGCAAUAUUUUUUUUGCAAUGUCUGUUAAAAUCCUAAUAAAACUUUUGGAGUUUC